GAUAUUAUCAAGAUAUUCCGAUGUAAAUAUCUUAUAAUAUAAUUUUUUACGUUAUUCUUAUAUUUAUUCUUUCUUAUAUAAAACUACGCGGGAAAUUUCAAAACUCGAUCGAUCAAUGCUCGUCGUUAGUACUAUUCACACGCAAUAGAUACGCGUAGUAACGUGCGACUGUCGUCAUCGCGUUGUGUCAAUUUGUUUUUCCAAGUAAGAACAGAGUCAAAGAGAAAAUAUUAAUACGUAAGAAACAACACAAGCUUUACAAGGAUUUAAUAACAAUAUGAACGCACCACCGACCUUUGAAUCAUUCUUACUCUACGAAGGAGAGAAAAAAAUAAUAAAGGAACAGGACACGAAGGUACCAAAUGCUGCUAUUUUUACCGUGAAUAAAGAAGAUCAUACUCUGGGAAAUAUGAUUCGGAAUCAAUUAUUGAAAGAUCCUCAAGUCUUGUUUGCUGGCUACAAGGUACCUCAUCCAUUGGAACAUAAAUUUGUAAUCAGAAUACAAACAACAUCGGAUUAUACACCACACGAAGCUUUUAUGCACGCGAUAACCGAUCUUAUAGCAGAAUUAUCGUUAUUCGAAGAACGUUUUAAGGAGGCAAUAAAAGAAAAAAAGGAAGGGUUGGAUUAAUGGAUUCGAUAUUCGUUAUAGGUUUUAAUAAAUGAAUAUGUGUAUAUGUAUAUAUAUAUAUAUAUAUGUCUCAAUUCAAUCUAGACUAAUUUCUUAUAAUUGCAAGAUCUUUACACAAUUGAGCACCUGAUGCAAGUAGAUAUCUAACUUCAAAAAAAGUUUCUGUGAUCUUACUUAAAUACAAAAUUUACAACUA